UAACCACAGACACCGUCGUUAAUAAAGUGCAGUGCCAUAGCAAGCCUGCAACUAGUCGGUCGCCAUAAUGUUGGGCGUUCUGCUUCUGUAUGUGAUACUACUCAGUGGAGUGGAGAGCAACUGGGAUGCUGGGAACAGUGAUCUAUCAGAACAGCAUUUGGGAUUCAGCCAUGUUAACAUGACAUGCAACGAUGCUGGAAACGUAUGCCAACACUGCUUUACCACGUUGUUCUACGGACAACGAUUCUUGGCAGUUACUGAAAUCACCAGGGAACCUUACAAAUUCCAGUUCAGCGUUCAUGAGGGAAACCGAGACCGGAUAUGGUACUUCACCCAGGAUGACCCCGGUGAGGAGUAUCGGUGGUGCGAAACACCUCACGUUGAACCGAGUGAGGACAUUCCUGUGGCGUAUCGAUACACUCUGUGCUUCCAAAACAUCUUUGCCGGUCUCUCCAUACCCUCGGGCUGCAGAAGGCCUGUGGCCGUUGUCACGCACGACAGUCACAAUUACCACCAAGAAAUUCGUGGUCAGCAGAUUCUAUUGUGUCUCCCCUAGUUUAGAAUGUUCACCUUAGCGCAGAGGGUAAUUUAGAGAUCUUUUAAGCGUUAAAUAAUUGUAUUGCCAACGCUCAGAGUUCUUGGAUAACCAGUGAAUAUGAAUCAAGCGUAGUGCCAUUAUGGACCGAGUCUUGCACAAAGUUGCACAUGACGUUAAUGUUGCCAAAGUGCAUUGCAAUUUGAAUAAGCAUGCUCAUUGUGCGUGCACCUUUAGGAAGAGUAUGGUUCAAAUGUUAUUAUCACACAGGCAUUAAUUAAUGGUAUGAUAUAAACACCUGUGUCAGGAGGUGUGGAGUUUUGAACGUGCGUGUUGCGUUUACAAUCGAACUCCGAUAAUAA